AGAGGUUUCUUCACCGUCCUUCCUUCAGAAACCACCGUCGGCAGCUUUUGCAGCAGAGCGACGACCCGAGUACCCUUGCGCCUAGAAUUGGGGGAAGUGUACCGCAGUUCUAUCUUCGACGACGUCAGACCCCGCACAUUCUCUCAACGCCCACGCGCCGUAUAGAUUGCUAGACCGUCGCCGACACUCCACAAGCUCGUGUCACAGGGCGACUGGUGCACAUUCAGCAUGGACAACGCGUACACAAGAACGCCUGCCGAGGCGCUCAAGCACUUCCAGGUCACAGAGGAGAAGGGUCUAUCAGGACAGCAGGUCGAGAGCCUGAGGGAAAAGCACGGCAAAAAUGCUUUGCCCGAGGAGCCGCCCACACCGAUCUGGGAGCUCAUCCUUGAGCAGUUCAAGGAUCAGCUAGUCAUAAUAUUGCUCGGAUCCGCAGCAGUAUCCUUCGUACUUGCGUUAUUCGAUCAAGAGGAGGGCUGGACAGCAUUCGUGGACCCAGCAGUUAUCCUCACCAUUCUCAUCCUGAACUCUGUUGUCGGCGUCUCGCAAGAAACCAGUGCCGAGAAGGCCAUCGCCGCGCUCCAAGAAUACUCAGCAAACGAAGCCAAGGUGGUCCGCGAUGGCGCAAUCAAGCGCAUCAAGGCUGAUGAUCUGGUCCCAGGAGAUAUCGUAUCAGUGGCUAUUGGCGACAGAAUUCCUGCAGACUGCAGGAUCCUUUCGAUUUCGAGCAACAGCUUUAUGGUCGACCAGUCUAUUUUGACUGGUGAGAGCGAGAGCGUGAACAAGGACAUCCGGAUUGUUAAGGAUGAGAGCGCAGUCAAGCAGGAUCAGAUCAACAUGCUUUUCUCAGGAACCACAGUUGUCACCGGCCACGCGAACGCGCUGGUCGUUCUGACUGGCCCGAACACCGCCAUCGGAGACAUCCACGACAGCAUCACUUCGCAGAUCUCGCAGCCGACUCCCCUCAAGGAGAAGCUCAACGACUUCGGUGACCAGCUCGCCAAGGUCAUUACCGCUAUCUGCAUUCUCGUCUGGCUCAUCAACAUCCGCAACUUCAGCGACCCGUCUCACGGAGGCUUCACCAAGGGUGCUAUCUACUACCUUAAGAUCGCUGUCUCGCUCGGUGUGGCUGCUAUUCCUGAGGGCCUUGCCGUCGUUAUCACAACCUGCUUGGCUCUGGGAACCCGCAAGAUGGCUGCAAGGAAUGCCGUUGUUCGCAGUCUUCCCUCUGUGGAGACUCUGGGAAGCUGCAGUGUUAUCUGCUCUGACAAGACCGGUACCCUGACCACUAACCAGAUGAGCGUCAACAAGGUUGUUUUCAUCAACGAAGCCGGCAACGGUCUCGAGGAGUUCGACAUUGAGGGAACUAGCUUCGCUCCUGUUGGUCAAAUCUCGUUCAACGGAAAGCCUAUCGAGAAUCUCGCAGCAUCUUCCGCUACCGUUCGCCAGAUCUGCGAGGUAUCAGCACUCUGCAAUGACGCAUCUCUGGCUUACGACUCCAAGAACGGCACAUAUGGCAUCGUCGGUGAGCCCACUGAAGGCGCUCUUCGCGUUCUGGCUGAGAAGAUCGGUACUCCUGACGCAAGACUCAACCUGAGCAAGACCAGCUUCUCACCUGAAGACAGCAUCCACUUCUCCAGCAAAUACUAUGAACAGCACGCCAGCCGUCAAGCUACGUAUGAGUUCUCCCGUGACCGUAAGAGCAUGUCUGUCUUGGUCAACAGCCAACAAGGUGGUGCUCAAAAACUUCUGGUCAAGGGCGCUCCUGAAUCUAUUCUUGCCCGCUGCACAUCUGUCCUGGUUGGAAAAGACGGAAAGAAGGUCCAAUUGAACAACCAGCUGGCCGACCUGAUUCAACAAGAAAUCGUUGACUACGGUAACCGCGGUCUUCGUGUGAUCGCCAUUGCCUCUGUUGACAACAUCUCGAACCCUCUUUUGACCAAGGCUAAGACUACCAAGGAGUACGCUCAGCUUGAGCAGAACAUGACACUCAUCGGUCUUGUUGGCAUGUUGGACCCGCCUCGCCCAGAGGUUCGCGCUUCUAUUCAGCAAUGUCGCUCGGCCGGUAUCCGCGUUAUUGUCAUCACUGGUGACAACCAGAACACCGCUGAGGCUAUCUGUAAACAAAUUGGAGUCUUCGGUCAGAACGAGGACCUCACUGGCAAGAGCUACACUGGACGUCAGUUCGAUAGCCUGAGCGAGGCCGAACAGAUGGAAGCCGCGAAGAACGCUUCUUUGUUCUCCCGCGUUGAGCCCACCCACAAGUCGAAAUUGGUUGAUCUUCUCCAGCAAGCCGGCGAGGUUGUCGCUAUGACCGGUGACGGUGUCAACGAUGCACCGGCGCUCAAGAAGGCGGAUAUUGGUGUCGCCAUGGGCUCUGGUACUGAUGUCGCUAAGCUUGCCGCCGAUAUGGUUCUGGUUGACGACAACUUUGCCACCAUCGAGGGCGCUGUUGAGGAGGGUCGCUCCAUCUACAACAACACCCAGCAGUUCAUCCGCUACCUCAUCUCGUCCAACAUCGGAGAGGUCGUCUCUAUCUUCCUCACUGCCGCCGCGGGUAUGCCCGAGGCCCUUAUCCCUGUCCAGCUUCUUUGGGUCAACCUUGUCACCGAUGGUCUUCCCGCAACAGCGCUCUCCUUCAACCCUCCUGACCAUGACAUCAUGAGACGCCAGCCCCGCAAGCGUGACGAGGCUCUCAUCAGUGGCUGGCUGUUCUUCCGUUACAUGGUUAUCGGUACCUACGUCGGCGCAGCCACUGUUGGUGGUUACGCAUGGUGGUUCAUGUUCAACCAGGAGGGUCCCCAGAUCUCCUUCUACCAGCUCAGCCACUUCCACCGUUGCUCCACUCAGUUCUCCGAGAUUGGUUGCGAGAUGUUUGCCGACUCCUCCGCACAGGCUGCUUCCACCGUCUCGCUUUCCAUCCUCGUCGUCAUCGAGAUGCUGAAUGCUAUGAACGCCCUCAGCUCUUCAGAAUCCCUGCUCACCCUGCCGCUUUGGAAGAACAUGAUGCUUAUUUACGCUAUCUGCCUGUCAAUGGCGCUGCACUUUGCGCUCCUCUACAUCCCCUUCCUGCAGGGUCUGUUCAGCGUUGUGCCGCUCAACUGGAACGAAUGGAAGGCUGUGCUGAUCAUCAGUCUGCCUAUCAUCCCUCUUGACGAGGGCCUCAAGGCCCUCGAGCGCAAGUUCUUCAUCCAAACAACUCACGUCGACGACGUUGUGCAGAACGGACGGCCGAAGAAGGAGUAGAAGAAUGGAGAGGUGUUUAAAUCCCGCUUGUAUGGGUGAAAGAAGAGUUUGUGUACCAUAUUGGUCAUGCAUAUAGAGAGCAAGAGGCAGACAACGGCGCGUCAAUGCGUUAGACAGUGAUCUCUGUCCAGCAAUUGGCGGAGGCGAGGGCUUGUGUAUAUUCUGCAUGUUAAGAAAUAGAUUCGUACUACACUCCACUUUUUACCGUC